AUGCCUCCGCCUCUUCCGCGGGCGGACCCCUCCAUAGGUUCAAGGAGCAUGAGGCCGCAACGACCGCCGUUACCCAGGAUCGAUCCUUCUUUUGGCUUUCGACCUCCGGCACCUCACGGCGAGCUCACGCCUGCAAGCAGUGGGCACAGCUCAGUAAUCUCUCCCGUGAGUGCGACUUCUGGCCCUCGGUCACCAGGCCCUGCCAUCCGCAAGGGAUCGCUACCAGGACCCCGACGCCCACCGUCACCGGAAUUAACGAACCUCGAUUGUGCAUUUCCGCCCUUCCCUCUGCCUUCGAGAGCCGCCACGACACGAAGGCGAGAGAGAUCGGCGACUCACCGCAGUGACACAAAACCAUCCAAACCUCGUGAUGUUCAGAAGGGAUUACCUACAGGGAGCAGGCCGUACCCGCUUUCAAGAGGAGGAUCAGACAACUCCGUGACGACCCUGGCCAAUGAAGCACCAAGACAGAAGCAGUCUCGUUCACCAAGUCCUAGAAGUGGAGCAAGACAGCCUUUGAACACGGAAAGGGACGGCCUCCAACAGAAAAGUGAAAAGCCGCCAGAAACGGAGAUGAAACCACCUGAGGUGAAUUCAGCAACCCAGGGCGAUGGAGUUCCAGAAUUUUUGCACGCAAAGACCUUCACGCCUGAAACUUCGAGCUCUCACGCUCAGCGAGAGCCUACUGCCGACACGAGAAUAGAUCCUGGUCUCAGUGCAUUUGACUUUGGUGACUCGGAAACUGAUAAGUUCAAUUCGCCGCCUACGGACGAGGCUCCUAAACCAAUGGGUGAGCACUCUAGAGCCGGCACUGAGCCGUCAUACAGAACAAAAAGACCUCCUCCACUGUUCAGCAACCAGGAAGUCAGCACCUUGGCCAAAUCGUCUACCGAACCCCAGCCAUCUCCGGUUGGCAGCUUGACGAGAGGAUUGGGCCGGUUGUUUGGCCGACGACGAUCGCAGUCAGCCGCAUCGCGCAGGGAAGUGGUGCGACAAGCUCUUAGCGACGAGCCAGAUAUCCACGAUACCUACUUCGCUGGCCGAAGUCUCCUUAGUCCAAGUAGCGAUCGGUCAUUCGUUACAGCAGAGCCAUCUCCUCUGGGCAUGUCGCCGUCGCUAUCGCCUGGUCCUUCACUGGGCCACGAGGAAUCACUGAAAGCGCUCGAAGGAAGGACGUCCGAGCCGGUCGCUGUCGCUCCUCCGACGGUCGUUGUGGAACCAGCAAUCGAACAGCCGCCGCUGGAGCCUACUCCCCCUGCUGAGACUGACAACAAGGAAACUCCAGAGACGGAGGACGUCGCCGUCGUGUCGCCUGAUCCUCAAGGUGCAGAGCUCAUCGAGGCUCUUCGGCGAGUGUCUGUUGACUCGGCGUCGUCUUACGGUUCGGCUGCAUUCUCUGAGAACACAGCCAGCUCCAGAUCGAGCUCUCCGCAGACUGAGAACGUGGCAUCGAAGGCAUCGGAACCAUCAAAUGCCGGAUCUCUCAAUUCUGGAGAGCCUAAUGUGCCAGCACCACUCAGACCAAAGAUUCCAGAGCUCUCGGCCGAUUCACCAACAGAUCCGUUCUUCCAGCAAGGCCGUCUGUCGCCGAUUCCAGACCUCCCAAACCGCGCCUCUGACUCGACAGACUCAUUAUUCUCGAUCUCCGGGGGUCUACAGACAAGCCCGAAGUCAACCCACGAGCCUCACGCAUCAAUGAGCGGCAGUACCAAGUCCACCGUCCCCAACAAAGGUGUCUGCCGCGGCUGUUCUCAACUGAUACUCGCAGGACAAAAAUCCGUGUCGAGUGCCGACGGCCGGUUGACUGGCCGGUACCACAAGGAUUGCUUUGUGUGCCGGGCGUGCAAGAUUGCAUUUCCCACGGCCGAAUUCUACGUUUAUGAAGAUCACCCGUACUGUGCCUACCACUACCACGAGCUGGAGAAUUCUCUUUGUGCUACCUGCGGCAAAGGGAUCGAAGGUCUGUACAUGGAAACGGCCAACGUGGCGGGGCGUGGGAAAGAGAAGCAUCACCCGGAGUGCCUCAAGUGCACGACUUGCCGGGCUCGACUGGACCACGACUAUUUUGAACUGUCCGGGAAGACUAAUGACGACGACCUGAUCAUCACGACGAUAGAUGCUACAUUUGAGGCCGGGAUUUGGUGCCCCGGCGAAGCACCGGAGUUUCUUCCAUUCGAAGCUGGCCUCGAUGAGAAUUGGAGGGAUGCCAACACCUUGGACUUUGCACGACCGUAA